AUGCCCAACGACCAAACUUCUAACAACUCAAACCCCACAUCCUUCAAUCAUAUCAACAAUCGACCUUUAUCACCUCCUCCUGCUCCUAAUACACCUGGUCCAACACAAAAACCACAAGAUCCUUAUGGAAACAUCAUCAUGCCUCGUCCGCAAUAUGGUUUUUAUUCUCAUCCCACUCAAUCUUUCGCUCCUGAUCCUAGACACCCUCCGUGGCAAUUCCAAUCACCUCCCCCUCAACCGUAUCAAGCUUCACAACAUCCUCAAUUCCAAUCUCCUCAAUCUUUACAAACUCAAAAUCUCCAAUCUCAAUCCCAAUUCCAAGCUCAAUCCUCUACUCAAAAUCAUCCUCAACCUUCGUCUUCUUUCUACGCCACACCUUUAUUCCAACAAUCUCCCAAUACGAUCCCAUAUGUUGACGAUCCUUUUCCUGGACUCAAACGUGAAACACACUCACAAUCACAAACAGAACAAAGACAAGAUAUACCUCAAAUACAUCGAACCAUCUAUCCACAACCUACGGGCGAAACUAGCUUCAGUGGAUUUGGUUGGGCGGUAGGAACGGAAGGUUGGGCACCUGGAUCGGCUACUAUUGGGUGGGGUGGAGUACAGGGACAGAUCUCUCCAGCACAAUGGAGGAAGAUGGAUGAGGAUAUGAAGCAGGAAGAAGCUUCGAAGAAGUUUAAUCCGGCAAGGGGGUGGUGA